UUGCCAUUUUUUUGUUGUAAUUUCAAUUAAAUGUGGUUAGUUUCGGAACUCGAUGAAUAAUUCAUGAUUCUAAUGGUAGACGAGAGGGAUGGAAAUCUAUGUCAUCAGGAUUCCAUCUCGGUUCGUGUUUUAACCCGAUAAUUUAACCAGGGAUGAGAAAUAAAGAUAACAUUUAAAACUUAGAUUGAUGUUUUUCAAGUUCUCCUUUCUUUCAUUCCAGAUUUCGGAAAAAAAAAUGAUUUAAACCUCAAUUUCGUUUUUAAUUUUAAAAUCAAAUAUGCCAGUCGGGGGAAGAGUUGCAGGGAAAGUAACCGGAAUCCUUUCCAGUAACUACAAUGGAAGAUCUUAUCAAGGGAUCAACGAAGAGAUCAUUUGGGUUAGCAUAGGCAUGGGGAUAACUAUAGCUAUUUUAAUAACGAUAGCUUUAUGCUAUAUAAUGCGCGAAAAAUGUCUCCAACGACGAGAAUAUUACAUAACAGCAUGAAUACGUCCUGUUUAAACAAAACUAUAUGUCAAAACGGGUGUAUAGAUAAAUUUGUUGUUCGAAAACGCUAAAAACCCUACAUAUUCAUUUCAAUUCUAUUUAUAAACGUAUUGAUUUCGCAUAAAUAAUAGAGUACGCGUGAAAAUAUCUCGACUCGGAUUCCCAUUGUCCUUUUUUAGCUCUAUUUCUUUGUUCUCGUUAUGUUUUAUAACGUGUUUUAUGGAUUUAUUACAUAAUUUUUAGUGCUUUUCCACUUAAUUCAUCCCUCUAUUUUCGAUUUCAUUUAAUACAUUUAAUUAAAAUUUAGUAAACGUCUAAUCUGACAGAUAAACGUCACCUUGACGUUAGAAAAUAAAUUUGACAGAUAAACGUCAAAAUGAAUAAGCGUUUUUGAACACAAAAAUGAUCCUAAAAGUAAUAAAUAAGCUCAUUUCCGUUUUGUGGACCAACAAAAAAAAAUAAAACGAGUAUUAUUAAACGAUGUAACUAUACCGUCAAUUGAAUGUGUCCGUAUUUAUUAAUAAGUUAAAUAGAAAUUGUGCCAAAUUUUGU